ACAGAAUAGUCACUGCGUAAAGCGCACGCUGGAGCGGGUUACGGUCUUACUUUUGCCGAGUAUUUACGCUUGCACAUGAGAAAUAUGCAAGCACUUCGGUGGACCUUUCAUAGUGCUUUGAUGCGUUGCUUACGAACAGUACCGUGUCAAGCUCGUGCAUCCAGUGACGCAAGUUGUCCUCCUGUGGUGUGUGACAAGCAAGGGCGCAUCCUUCUCGUGGGGUUGAAUAGGCCCGAGAAGCGCAACUGCCUCAAUGUGGCAGCUGCGCAGCUAUUGGUGGAGGCCUUCCGCGAGUUUGAUCGUGACAACAGUGUUGAUGUGGCCGUUCUUCAUGGCAAAGGGGGCAGCUUCUGUGCUGGCUACGAUCUGUUAGAACUCGCCGAAGACAGUCCAGAAGAGUGGCCUCAGUGCAUACCUGAGACCAAGAAGCCAACAGUUGCUGCAGUGACUGGCUAUGCAGUUGGUGCAGGCCUGGAGUUGGCACUGUGGUGCGAUUUGCGGGUUGUUGAGGAGACGGCUGUCAUGGGCCUCUUUGGACGGCGCUUCGGAGUGCCACUUAUGGCUGGGGGUUCAGCACGACUGCCAGCCCUGAUUGGCCUGUCACGCGCUCUGGACCUUGUCCUGACUGGGCGACCGAUCUCAGCAAAGGAAGCCCAUGAGAUUGGCAUUGCAAACCGCAUUGUGUCUUGUGGAACUGGUGAGUGCACAUUGUGUUGCCCUUGGUGCUCUGCACCCAUUGCUGUUGUGAAAAUGGCACGCCUCUUUUAA